AUGCGUCGGAUGCUCGUCCUUUUUCUCGGUCUCGCCGCAGUGGGAUUCGCUCAAGACACGACGACUGCUCUUGCGACCGACUCGUCAACACCUACUCCUACUGAUUCGAUCACUCCAGCUCCCUCACCAACAGAUGCAACUUCGAGUGCGGACAGCGCCGGAUCUACCGAUUCAACGAAUGCUACGAGCACGUCGCAGGAACCGAUAACGCAUACGGUCGCGGUCGCUUUGGGAGGCCACACGUUUGUGCCUGACGUUACGCUCGCCAAAGUCGGCGACACAAUCCUGUUUCAAUUUUACCCUACGAACCAUUCCGUCAUCCGAGCAGAAUACGGCUUUCCCUGCAUUCCAUACGAAGACACGGGUGUCGAUAAAGUUGGAUUCUUCUCCGGCUUUUAUCCAGUGGAUGCAAUAUUGAAUGAGCCGCCCGAGUGGUCCAUCGUGGUCAACGACACGAAUCCCAUCUUCUUCUACUGCGGCGCUCCGGGCUCAUGUAUCAACUACCAGAUGCUCGGAGUGAUCAAUCCCAAUGCCACGACAUCGCUUCAGCAUCAAAAAGACCUCGCCUCACAAUCGCAAUUCAUGCUCCUGCCGGGUGAGCCAUGGCCCGAGGAGAGCGACGAUCCAUUCACCACGACCGCAUCGACUACCAGUCCGACAGCAACCGCGACUGGCGCAGAGUAUGGAGCCUCAGACACCGCAGCCAGCUCCAGCGGCCACGGCCAUUCGGGUCUAUCCAGUGGAGCUAUCGCCGGCAUUGCAAUUGGAGCUGCUGCAGUGGCCCUUGCCGCCGCUGUUGCCCUCUAUCUCUGUGGUCGUCAAUCCCGAAGUCGCGGCACAAAGCAUGUCGACGAUCGUCCGAGCACAGGUCACGCUACCCAAAUGUCCUAUAAUCCGGCGGCAGGCCACAUGUCAUACAUGACCGACCCGAACAAGCACAUGUCGGUGCACAGCAGUGUCGUUGGUUUGGGACCAUCGCCAGCAUUACCGGGAUACGUCCCACCACACGAUCCGGCCAUGUCGCCGGGAUUAUAUCCUGCAUACAUGCCCGUCAGCGACUCACUUGGCUCGGCACCGACGGGUCCCGGAAGUGAUAUCGCGUCACCGCACAGCCCAAGUCCGAGCCAGAUGUAUUCCGUGCCAGCCUAUCCUGGCGGGAUGCCACAGAGCAUGUAA